UGCGUCGUUGGGGAGCCGGAAGCGGCUUGGUUGCCUUGGAGACGGUUUCCAGGAGACGCGGAGGCGGAGUGAUGCUCAUGGCGCCCACGAAGGACCCCGCGGGGCCGUCGUCGUCGCCCCAAAAGGAUAAAAGCGUGGAUGGGGAUGACCCUUCCCCAAACACUUACAUCCUCCGGCCUUUCUUCCAGCACAGGUUCAGGCUUUCUACCGUGAAAGGAUGCAUCCACACAGUACUCAAGGAGGAGCUGACGACCGCUCAGUACGUUCCAGAGAAAAUGCCCCAUCUCACAAAGGCUUUGUCCGAGACUAUUAAAGAUAAACUGAAAGACAUGGGGUUUGACCGCUAUAAAAUGGUGGUGCAAGUGGUGAUCGGAGAACAAAGAGGCGAAGGAGUGAACAUGGCUGCCCGCUGCUUUUGGGAUGCCGACACUGAUAACUACGCUUAUGAUGUUUUUAUGAAUGACAGUUUGUUCUGUGUCGCAGUUGCGUUCGGCUGUUUCUAUUAUUGAUGCUUUGAAGAGCGCCAAGGAGACCGGACGGCUCGGAGACGGGAGCUAUUUUCUUUUGCCGCACCUCAGGAUUGAACAUUUAUUUUGCCAAGAUAAAAACGAGUUGACAGUUUGUCGACCGGACGCCU